CUGCUCUAAAUUUACUACAUCCUCCCUCCUCGCAUUUUUUCCCUCAGUGUUAACAGACCCGGAGCUACAGCAGCAGGAGGACCGCUCUCGUCAGCCUGAAACCUCGUUGGACAGCUUGUGCGCCGGUUUUUGUUUGGGUCUCGAUAAGGAAGCGACCAGCUGCUCCUCCGCCAUGGCAAAGGGAGAGGGAGGUGAACAAUACUCCAACGCCAGUCUGUUAGCCAAAGGAGAAAGCUCGGAUGCCAUUAAACUCCCCGAGAAGAAUGAGCGCAAGAAGAGGUUGACAGUUUGCAACAAAAUCUGCUACGCCAUCGGUGGCGCGCCAUACCAGAUCACCGGGUGUGCACUGGGUUUCUUCCUGCAGCUGUACCUGCUGGACGUCGCCCAGUUGGAGCCCUUCUAUGCCUCCAUCAUUUUGUUUGUUGGCCGGGCCUGGGACGCCGUGACUGACCCCACGGUGGGCUUCCUGGUCUCCCGGAGCCCAUGGACACGCUUCGGACGCAUGAUGCCCUGGAUCGUGUUGUCCACUCCUGUGGCUGUUCUCUCUUAUUUUCUCAUCUGGUACGUCCCCCCCUUUGAGGAUGGAAAGAUCAUCUGGUACCUCUUCUUCUACUGCGUCUUCCAGGCCCUUCAGACGUGUUUCCACGUUCCGUACUCUGCGCUGACCAUGUUCAUCAGCUCCGAUCAGAAAGAACGGGACUCUGCCACUGCAUACAGAAUGACGGUGGAGGUUCUGGGCACGUUGAUCGGGACGGCCGUGCAGGGUCAGAUCGUGGGAAUGGUCAGCGCGCCCUGCGUCCCCGGACCUGCAGACAUCCUGGAGGAGCUGAAGAACAGCUCGCACUCGCUCAACCAGACGGAUCAUACCAUUUCCCUGCAGCACACGGUAAGCACUUCAUGUUUGCUUGGAGGAGGACCAUCCUGCCGCACGUUUUCUGAAACCUUCUUCUCUCUGCCCGCCCCCCAGAGAGUGGCCUACAUGAUUGCUUCUGCAGUCAUCUGCUCGAUUUACAUCCUCUGCGCUGUAGUCCUGUUCUUUGGAGUGAAGGAACAGAAAGAGGCGGGUCGGCUCCGAUCAGAACCCAUGUCCUUCUUCCAAGGGAUAAAGCUGGUGAUGGGCCACGGACCGUACGCCAAGCUCGUCAUGGUCUUCCUCUUCACCUCACUGGCCUUCAUGCUCCUGGAGGGGAACUUUGCUCUGUUCUGCAGCUACACGCUGGGAUUCAGGAACGACUUCCAGAACAUUCUGCUGGUCAUCAUGCUCUCGGCCACCCUGACCAUCCCUUUCUGGCAGUGGUUCCUGACGCGCUUCGGAAAGAAGACCGCGGUUUAUGUUGGCACCUUGUCUGUGGUUCCCUUCCUGAUCCUGGUGGUUUGUGUGAAGAGUAACCUGAUCAUCACCUAUGUGGUCUCCUUCUCUGCCGGAGUGGCAGUGGCUGCAGCUUUCCUGCUGCCCUGGUCCAUGCUGCCGGAUGUUGUGGAUGAUUUCCAAGUCCACAACCCAGACUCUGUGGGCCAUGAAGCUCUCUUCUACUCCUUCUACGUCUUCUUCACCAAGUUUGCCUCUGGAGUUUCUCUGGGAGUCUCCACUCUCAGUUUAGACUUUGCAGGCUACAUCAGUCGAGGCUGCUCUCAACCCUCCAACGUAGACAUGACCCUGAAAAUCCUGGUGUCCGCCGGUCCAAUCGUCCUCAUCAUCAUCGGCUUGGGAAUUCUCUACUCGUAUCCGAUCAACGAGGAGAGGCGGAUCCUGAACCGGAAGAAGCUCCAGGAUCAGAGGGACAGUGAAGCAGAUUCAGAAACGGACUCUGCAGAGCUAGCUAACAUCAUCUAGCACGUUUUCAGAAGCCCCACGGACCAAACGGAGUGGACUGGCAUUUGCACUUGACAGACCCAGCUGAGCCGAGCCUGUCAGACCGGAAAGCUUUGGCUUGGUUGGGCGCCGCUGAUGCUGCUGUUCUACGUACGGAACUCGCCAAAGCCGUCCUGCUGAUGCAGGAGCGGCGCAGCACGGCACUCGCUCGGCUGUUUGCAGAAAGCCUUACUUUUUCUAUAACUAUUUAUUGGGAAUCACUGAGUUUAGUCUUUGGACGGAAGCACUUGUUAAGCUGCACAGACGUGUUGAGCGGGUUUGAGGUAUCGGGCUGCUGGUAGAAGUUUCUGCAGCGCCGCCUUAACUUUGCCUCAUGUGUUAGGGGCUCUAAAACCCCAAUGACAGAGUUCCCAUGUGUGUUCUGAACACCCGAUAGCUCCAGAGUUUACAGAGGCCCGACAGUGUCCGUUCCCUUCUGCCAUCUUUUUUAUCAGUCUUUUUAGAGCUGGGACAGAGUUGAAACCACUAUAAACAAAAGCACCGUUCGUUUGCACAACUCACUGCCAGGUUCUCCUAACCCUCCACGUAUUUAUAGAAAAUGUUCUCAGUGUUUUCUGCAAAUGCUUUAAUGUAACGACUGUAAAUGGAGAGAAGUGUUUGUUCAUAUUUAUUAGUUUGACUGUUCAGUGUUUCAUCUAAAGACGUGACGACGCAUUUCAAAGCGGGAGAACUUUUCUAACAUUCAAGUGUUUUUGAAUCACGUUGUCAUGGUUACAAUCCUGGCAUUGAACAAAGGGAAGCACAUGCCUGUACAGGGGGUGAGGGUGGGGUUUGCGUGGUUUCUGAAUGUUUUGUUUAUGAAAAAUCAUCGGCUCCUGUCAUUCAAAAUGAGAUUUUCCUCUUUCAUAUCUGCGGAUAUGGAAAUGUGCAUGUGCAGUGUCAUAUGUUAUACAUACUGUUACAUCUUUAUAUGACAACUGAGUUGCCAAAGUAAAUUGCUCGACUGUGGCUCCUCCCCUGGGGCGGGGCCACUGUGUCAACCUGUUUGUUUUACCAAUGAAUCAUUUUUUUACUUGAAACUUUCCUUCACGAGUCUGAAGCUGUAGCCAAACGUGUGAGCUUUAAUCCCGCCGAGACACACGAGCCUUGUGUCCACGCCUCCUGUGCAAAUGUAAAUAUUUUAUGUAAAUGUGUACAUACCUUUGAUAUUUGUGGCUGCUCAUGAAAGAAGCUUCUGUACAAAUGUAUUUAAAAAGGACGUGGAAGAUAUGACCAUUAAACAAUGAAAUGUUCUCAGA